AGGUUGAUGAUCACAAUGAUGCAAAUACUUCAUAUUUCGAACCCUAAAUAUCAUAAGUAGGCGGGAAAUAACUUUAAGCAAUAUUCAACAACCUUCCCAGUUCCUUCCCUUUAACGCCAGAUGGCAGCACGACAUUGAAAAUUAUCAACUUCCGUAUCGAAUGACGCCAAACAGAAGAGACGGUAAUGUUUGUUUGAGUCAUUCUUGAAGUAAUUUCAACAUGUCAUGUGAAACUUACAUUUUCUUUAGCUUGUAAACAAUCGAUACAGAAUGUCUUCCAAAAAUACAUCAAAUCCACCUGUUCCGCCACUGGAAUUAAUAAAUGAUUCGCCGGAUUCGAGUGAUGGUGAAACGGAGAAACAGGACAGUCGGACAGACAAUUUAGAAAAUCCGAGUAACAGAGAUAUUUCCCCAGAGUCGGGAAUCGAUCUUGCCUCACGUGGAACAACAGGGAUAACAGAAGAUAGUGAAGAGACGAUGAUUUCAGAAGAAACAGAUCGAACUAUUAUCCCUCCAAAUGAGCUAUUUAAUUUUGAUUUAACAAAUCCAGAUGAUGUUAUGAAAAUGUUAGAAAAUGUAAACUUAUCAGAUGAAGAUACAGAUGUACUGUUACAGGAAGCUUAUAAUGUUAAUAUGAAAUUAAAAGAAAUAUUAAGGAGACAAGAACAAGCCGGUGGCAAGAUGAACCAAGCAGAUAUUGCUAAACUAAAAGGUUCAAACACUGUAGUGGUGCCAGGACCUGGCAAAAAAGGUUCAAGUUCAAAUUCACGGGCUGGUUCAGCUAAAAGAUCUCAGUUUGCUAAAGCAGAACCACUGCCACCAAUAAGUAAUGGACCUACACCUAGUUCAAAUAUGAGAAUUCCAUCAGCUGUAUAUAGCGCAAAGCUUCAUAGAGCACCUGCACCACCAUCAGCCUCUCAAAGUCAGAAAAGACUUGCAUUGUCAUCACAAGAUAAAAGAAUGGGUUCCAGAAAUCCAUCAGCAGCAAUGGAUUAUUUGUUAUAACAUCUAUGUCAGCACCAAUCGAGAAAUAACAAGAAGGCUACCCCAAUAUCCACAGAUGAACGUCCAGGUUGGAAUGACCGUUUUAUGUACUAGUAUACCAUAAGAACAUUCCUCCUCCUGGAUUCUAGUCCAGUUCCAUACCUGAACAGAGCCUGUAGAAUUAACGACUGAAUUUAUUUGCCAUUCUUAACUUAUGAUAGUGCUGAACAGUUGUAGAAUAUUUACUUAUUCUGGCUUAAAAACAGUAUUAGUAUCUUGCUAUAUUUAGUUAAAAAGAUAUGAUUGCUUCUGGUUAAUGUAAAUCUUUCUAAUAUGAAAUGGUGUGAGAAAUGAAGAUAUUCUCAGAAACGGAAUUGUCUGGAAGAAGUUAGUAUUAAUGGAGAUAAAAAGACAACUUUUUAAGAAACCUUUGUGUUUAGUUUAUUUUAAUAUACCGGUAGCUUGUCCAAUAGCUGCAAAAAAACUUUAUUUUAAUAGUUUGUCCAACAGCUGCAAAAUUUUUCAUUGUUGAAUAUGAACCUUAUGUUACAAUAAUCUUGAAAGAUAUCUUAUAGUCUCUUGAUAAUGGGAUAAAAUAAAGUAUGCCAUAAAACUGAUACACCAAAAACCUGCAGGAUAAAAUAAGACAUGAUAUGUUUCUAAGCACAUAAAAAGCAAUGCACUUACUAGUUACUAUUUCUUUACACAUUCUUGCAUUAUUCAGAUUUUAUUUUGGUAAGAAGUUAUUUUUUCACAAAUAUGAUUUAUUACAUAUAUUAAACUGUUUGAUAUAUUACAUUUUUCUAUUGAGAAAAGUUAUAGUGCUGUAAAAAGAUUUAAAAAAAUUUUGUACUACUUCUUUCUUUUGUUGCAAUAUAAUUGGUGCAAUCCAGACCACCGGGAAAGAUAUACUAUUAAGUAGUAUAUUUAAUUUUUAAAUAUUACAAAAGACUCCAAAAUUAGUUAUAUGAACAAAGGAGAUGUGGGGUAUGUAUCAAUGAUACAGCAACCCAACACAGAAAAAACCAAAAGACAACCAGAGGUCAACAUAUGGUAUUCAAUAAUAAACACUGUAUUGUACAUGAAUGAUAUGAUAAAUAUUAAUGGGACAGCUGAACAGAGCUUGUUGAUAACAAUUACUGUAAAUUCAGAAAUUAUUGCGAGGUUUUUAUUAAUGCGAAUAAUGCGACUCGGUGAGUAUCGCAAUAAUAGGAACUCGCAUUUUGAUAACUAAACCAUAGAUCUGUAUGUAGAUUUUUCUAAAAUCGCAAUAAUUAAACUCACAUUCUUGUCCAUUUUUUAAAAAUCGCAAUAAUAAAUGCACGCAAUAAUUUCUGAAUUUACAGUAAUGUUCUACAGGCUAGGUCAACAUAAAACUAUCUACCUAAAUUAAUUUAUUCAUGUAGUGAAUUGAUGAAUCUAGUCUAGACUUUUACAUUUUUCAUAUGUAUUAUUUGCUUAAGUUUGAUGUUUUCACUUGUUAAUACCAUGUCAUAUGUGCAAAUGAAACCCUACUCUUCAUUAUCAUAAGUUAUACACCAAACUAAUUUACUGAUCUUCGUUUUAAAGAAGGGGAGGGGAGCAAUAUUCUCUUCAAUAAUCAAUAAAAAUGAAAUUCCUACAGACUAUUUGUAAAUAUAGAAGUGGACUCUAAUAUACCAAAAAAUUGUCAAUCAUAAAAAAUAUUGAUAUCAAGACACAAAAUAUGAACUUUCUGUAAGACCCUAAUCCAACAAUUAGUAGAAUAUUUAAAAUCAACAUUUUGAUCAGACUGUCCAUAUCUUUUGUGAAAGUUUAUACUGCAAAAAGUGGGAAAAAUGCAUGGCAAUCUUAUGUAAAAUCAACUGCUUUAUUUGGCCAGAUGAUAAAACCCCUAAGCCUCUCACAGAUAUAUAAUUUAUUAAAUAGAUUGUUUAAUGUUUUAUUAUGACAAAUACAAAAUGAGCUUCAUGUAAAAUAUUUUGAUGAUGAUGCCAGAUUUAUUCAUGACUUGAUUAAAAGAUGUAUUUAUAAUCAGUUUUCAUUUAUUUCUGCAUAGGAAGAAAACAUUGGCUGCAUCCUCUGACCAAUAAGUAUUUUUUCUGAGAAAAUGAACCUACUUCUUUACAUUGUCAUCUCUUAAAUUGUUUUGAUCAAAGAAUGCAGUCACUGUACUGUAUUGUAAGCAGAUAGACAUAUUAAAGCAUUAAAAAGGAAGUCUCACUAAAAUCCUGAAUACUGUUUAAAAGGAAUUGAAAUGCUUUGUUAUUGUUGAAUUAUAAAAAUGUAUUGAUUUACAAUACAAUUCAUUGUGUUUUAAUAUAUAAAAAUUCGUAAGGGUUCCACGGAACCCAGUGUCUGGCCUACUUUUGGUGUUAAUCGCAGGCUCAACAAAAAUGAGGAAAAAAAUUAAUAAAAAUAUUCCUCUCUAUACUAUCUUUUGAUUGUAAGUAGCUUCUGUCCAAGUUUGGUAAAAUCCAGGAUAAUUUAUGAAUCUAAUAAAUGUUUUAAAAACUUAAACUGCAGAAUGUAUGUAAUGUUGACUGGAAGAAAAACUAAGUCCAUUUAUAAGUAAAAUACGGAAAAAAUGGAACAAAAUUUUAUCAAAAUUUCCUUCUAGAUACUAGCUUUUGAUCAUAAACAAGCUUCUGUCCAAGUGUGGUACAAAUCCAGGAUAGUUUAAGAAAGUUGUUAAAAUUUUAAAAACUUUAACCACAGAGUGAAUGUAAUGUUAACUGGCAGAAAACUAAGUCCAUUUAUAAGUAAAAUACAGAAAAAAUGGAAUUUUUUUUUUACAAAAUUUACUUCUGGAUACUAUCUUAUGAUCAUAAACAAGCUUCUGUCCAAGUUUGGUACAAAUCCAGGAUUGUUUGAGAAAGUAAUUAAAAUUUCCAAAACUUUAACAACAGAGUGAAUGUAAUGUUAACUGGCAGAAAAACUAAGUCCAUUUAUAAGUAAAAUACGGAAAAAAUGGAUUUUUUUUUUUUUCAAAAUUUACUUCUGGAUACCAUCUUAUGAUCGUAAACAAGCUUCUUUCCAAGUUUGGUAGAAAUCCGGGAUAGUUUAAGAAAGUUAUUAAAAUUUCAAAAACUUUAACCACAGAGUGAAUGUAAUGUUUCCUGGCAGAAAAACUAAGUCCACUUAUAAGUAAAAUAUGGAAAAAAUGGAUUUUUUUUUUUACCAAAUUUACUUUUGAAUAUAAUCUUAUGAUCAUAAACAAGCUUCUGACCAAGUUUGGUAGAAAUCUAGGAUAGUUUAAGAAAGUUAUUAAAAUUUCAAAAACUUUAACCACAGAGUGAAUAUUUGUGGAUGCCGCCGACGAUGACGCCGACGGAAUGUAGGAUCGCUAUGUCUCGCUUUUUCGACAAAAGUCGAAGGCUCGACAAAAAUUAACUUUCGUGAUUACUUUAUGAAGGAGUAUUAUUUAAUAAGAAUUUAAAUUUAUUUUUGCUAACAAGUUGUGUAUAUAUGGCCCAAUUUCCCAUCCCACAGCAACUUGAAUUUCUAACAAUUGCCUUUUUGACCUAAAUUCUUACACCAGUCUUUUUUGGCAUCUAAAAGGUUACACAAAUUGAACAAAAAAACUGAUUUGCACUCAUUUUUAAUUGUGUUUAAAAAUGUGAGUGUUUUACUUCUGUGAUAUUUUUGCUAACAUUUUGUAUCAAUUGAUUUUACAGAUAUCAUGUUAUCAUUUACAACACCAAAUCCACAACAUUGCAUAUAUUGAUUACACUGUGAUAUUUGUCAGAAAAAUAAACUUUAAUGAUUUA